UGAAGCAACUGUGCAACUGCUCAUGAGACUGCAGAUUUGAGGUUGUCAAUCCUUUGAAUCGAACGCCCGCUUUUCCAGUUUGUUUCCAUUAAUUCACUAGUGAAAAACAUUAAUUAGCGUCAUCUGAUUAUCACAAUUAGGUUAAAUUGUUGAGAUGGAUAGACUAUUACGGUUAGGAGGGGGCAUGACGGGUUUGAAUCAGGGACCACCACCCUCUGAUGCUCCCGUUGUUGACACUGCGGAGCAGGUCUACAUUUCCUCACUGGCAUUGUUAAAAAUGCUGAAGCACGGUAGAGCUGGUGUCCCUAUGGAAGUCAUGGGACUAAUGCUGGGAGAGUUCGUCGAUGAUUACACUGUCCGGGUCAUUGAUGUCUUCGCAAUGCCUCAGACAGGGACUGGUGUGAGUGUCGAAGCGGUGGAUCCAGUAUUCCAGGCGAAAAUGUUGGACAUGUUGAAGCAGACAGGGAGGCCAGAAAUGGUGGUGGGAUGGUAUCACUCGCAUCCAGGAUUCGGUUGUUGGUUAUCUGGUGUUGAUAUCAACACACAACAGUCCUUCGAGGCCCUCAGUGAACGGGCAGUCGCUGUUGUCAUUGAUCCCAUUCAAUCGGUGAAGGGAAAGGUUGUCAUCGAUGCAUUUAGAUUAAUAAAUCCCAACAUGAUGGUGCUGGGCCAGGAACCUCGCCAGACGACCUCCAACCUGGGCCAUCUCCAGAAGCCCUCGGUUCAGGCCCUCAUUCAUGGACUCAAUCGUCAUUAUUACAGCAUCAGUAUCAAUUAUCGUAAGAACGAACUGGAGCAGAAGAUGCUGCUGAAUCUUCAUAAAAAAACUUGGAUGGAUGGACUUACCCUUGCUGAGUACUCUGAUCACAGUAGAUUGAAUGAGAACACUGUGGCUGAGAUGCUGGAGCUGGCCAAGAAUUAUAACAAGGCACUGGAAGAUGAAGAAAAAAUGACACCCGAGCAGUUGGCAAUAAAGAAUGUGGGUAAACAAGACCCAAAACGUCACUUGGAAGAGAAAGUAGAUAUGCUCAUGUCCACAAAUAUCGUGCAAUGCCUAGGAGCAAUGCUCGAUACUGUUGUCUUCAAAUAACUCAUUGUAUAUGAAUAAAAUUUCCACGCGAACAUUUUACGAAAUACAACUACUGUUUAAGAAAUGAAUUUAUGAUGUUUUUGCUCGUAUUUUCAAGAAAUAUCAUUUUUCUACGUUUGCUGAAUUAUUUCUCUUGAUAAUCAUGGAUUUUGUUAAUAAAUCUAAUACAUCUUGGCGG